CAUAUAUCUGCAAGUAAAUUUAAUUAUAUUUUUCAGCUAAAUCGAUCGUAAAGAAGUGGACUAAUAUUAGAGACAGCUGGAUGAGGAGUAUUAAUGAGAAAAAGAAAUCAAAAAAAUCAGGAUCGUCUGCGACAUGUCCGAGAGCCUACGUUUAUCAUCGUCAAAUGUUGUUCUUAAAAAAAAUUGUGUCGCCAGCUGACACACAUGAUAGUGCAACUAUUGUUACACCAAACCCAGCAGACGAUAGUACAGCCGCUACAGUUACAUCAGAUGUUACCCAUGACAGUGCGAUGGCUCUGGACAAUUUAUUCGGUGAAGAUGUCGCAAAUAAUCAAGAUGCUACAGAUGAAAGUCAACAAGAAAGUAAUAAUGAAAAUUUAGUAGGUGGUUCGAAAAGAAAAAAAAGCAGACCAUCGAGGCAGAAUUUAAACGUGUUUGAUAAGAAAAUGAGUGAGUUUAUAGAUUAUCAAAUGGAAUGCAAGAAGAAAGAAGAAAUGAAAGAAGACCGUAAUUUGUUUUUCUUUAAAAGUCUACUUCCAUCAUUGGCAACGCUAAACGAUAAUCAAACAUUAGAAUUUCAAUCAGGCGUCUUAAAUUUAUUGCAAAAUAUAAAGAACCGAAAUGAAUGGUCUCCUGCACACUCAUCAACAUACAACUAUCAACCAAAUGUGGCACAAUCACAAGGCUAUUUUACAUCGCAGUACCAAGCAUCACCAGAGUCUCAAAGUAUUCAAUCGAAUGCUUCUGAUUUACCAGACUUUCAUAAUAUGUAGUUGGGAAACUUCAAACUGUGUACCUACCAAGCGAUUGUCUA